AUGCUCUCUCCCAACGACAGAGUCGCGGUGGCCGGGGAUCUGGCAACGGUGCGGUUUGUCGGGGCAAUUCCGAACUGGCCCGGCGAGACGGCCGUGGGGAUCGAGUGGGACGUGCCUGAGCGCGGCAAGAACGACGGCACCAUCAACGGCACGCGGUACUUCUCCACACACAACGGGGCCAAGUCGGGCAGUUUCGUCAAGGCAGCCAAGAUCGACCCCACGCGCUCGUUCAUGGACGCCAUGGUGUACCAGUACGCGAGCGACGAGUCGCUGGCGCUCGAGUCGGACUCCCUGGUCGAUAAGUUCGAUCUCACCAUCGGUACGAAGAAGGUGGAGAGUUUCGGGUUCGAGAGACUUAGCCGGCUCCAGGCAGACUUCUCGAACCUCGAGACCGCCACGCUGGAGCGGCUCAACAUUGCUGAGGCCGGCGUGGUGGGUGGGGUGCUGGAUAAUCUGCAGGUGCUAAGUGUCGGGUUCAAUUUGCUUGAUUGGCAAAACCUGAUGGAUAUUGUCGUUCAGCUGCCAAACCUGCACACGCUGAAAGCAAAUGGCAACCGCUGGACACGUUUCGGAGGACGGAAGCAAUGCACCAGUGUGAAAACACUCCAUUUGUCGGCCUGUGCCCUGGAACACUGUUCUUUCAAGCACGAGCUGUUCACGUGCUUCCCCAAUGUGACCGAGCUGUACCUCUCGGGCAACGACCUCACGGCGAUCGAGCUGCCCCGCUACACGCACUUGGAUCUUUCCCGCAAUAAAUUCACGAAACUGAGCGAGCUGCCACCCGCAAAUAUUUUGGUAGCUUCCAAUAACCAGCUGCACAUCGAUACUGUCAACGACACAACGAUCGAGUCGCUCGAUAUCACGAACACGAGUGUUUCUGAGUGGAGCGAGGUGGACAGAUUGCGGAGCCUCACUAGUCUCCGCGCUUUGCGUAUUAUCAACACCCCGCUAGUGGACUCUCUUGACUACGACCUGGCCACCAUCCAGCUGUUUGCACGGCUUCCAACGCUGCAGAAGCUCGACGGUACAGACUACACGGCUGCCCAGCGCAAAAGCUUUGAGCUCUACUUCAUCAGCAAGAUCAGGACCCGCGAAUGGGCGUGCGACACGGAUCUCUGGACCCAGCUGUGCAGCAAGCACGGUGUUUCGUCGCAGCUGGCCACCCAAGAAACCACCCCCAUUGUCCCGCUCACCAUCACGCUGGUGCACAACGGCACAUCGCACACUCUCACGCUCUCGCGGUCGGCCACUGUGGGCAAACUACGCGGGCGCGUAUCGCGUCUGCUCGGACUCGGCGUGCUGCAGUUCUGUCUAUCAACAAAACUGGGCAUCCGCACCGAAACUCUCGCCAACGACCAGCAGGCCCUGCGCGACCUGGGCAUCUCCGAGCCUGUCACGGUAGACUUCGUGCCCUGGAAACACGUGCUCGCACCUACUCGGGAUUGA